CAUUGUUUCCAGAGGGUGAGCCUGCUCACGUCACCCAGCAAGAUGGCGACCACAAUGCAGGAUGGGUUUGAAUGAUUUAAACUAAGUGGGUCCGUUUUUUGAUGGGAUUUGGAUCUGCUGGUUAAUUGAUCAUCAUUAUAAUAAUAAUCAAAUCACAGAAUCAAGAUGGCCCUAAAUGUCUUUGAUCACGAUGAAUACAGACCACCUGUGUGGAAGUCUUACUUGUACCAGCUCCAGCAGGAGGCGCCUCACCCACGAAGACUCACCUGCACCUGUGAGGUGGACAACCGACCUAAAUACUAUGGAAGAGAGUACCACGGGAUGAUCUCAAGAGAAGAGGCCGACCAGUUGCUGAGUCAGGCCGAAGGCAGCUACCUCAUCAGAGAGAGUCAGAGACAGCCGGGCACGUACACGCUGGCUCUCAGGUUUGGGAACCAGACAAGAAACUUCCGUCUCUACCACGAUGGGAAGCACUUUGUCGGAGAGAAGAGGUUCGAGUCCAUCCACGACCUGGUCACAGACGGCCUCAUCACACUCUACAUCGAGACGAAGGCAGCGGAGUACAUCGCUAAAAUGACCAUAAACCCCAUCUAUGAACACGUUGGCUACACCACCCUGAACCAGGAGCCCACCCUGAAAAAACAUCUGCCGCAAAGCCCCGAGGCCCCAGAUGGACCGGCUCCGGCCAAAGAUAACCAUAACGCUGAGGAGAGGCUCACAUCGCUGGUGCGGCGGGCCACCCUGAGGGAGAGCGACUUGGCGCCCAAGUACGAGAAGGUCCACAACUUCAAGGUUCAUACAUUCAGAGGCCCCCACUGGUGUGAGUACUGCGCCAACUUCAUGUGGGGUCUCAUCGCUCAGGGAGUCAAGUGUGCAGACUGCGGGUUGAACGUCCACAAGCAGUGCUCCAAAGUCGUGCCCAACGACUGCCAGCCGGACCUGCGGCACGUCAAGAAGGUGUACAGCUGCGACCUGACCACGCUGGUGAAAGCCCACAACACCAAGAGGCCCAUGGUGGUCGACAUGUGCAUACAGGAAAUCGAGGAUAGAGGUCUGCAGUCAGAGGGUUUGUACAGGAUAUCUGGCUUCAGUGAGCUGAUUGAAGAUGUCAAGUUGGCCUUCGACAGAGAUGGAGAGAAGGCAGACAUCUCCUCAAAUGCUUACGAGGACCUCAACAUCAUCGCCGGAGCCCUCAAACUCUACUUCAGAGAGCUGCCAAUCCCCCUCAUCACAUAUGAUGCCUACCCACGCUUCAUAGAAACAGGAAAGAUCACUGACACAGAAAAACGCCUGGAGUCUCUCCACGAGGCCUUAAAGCUGCUGCCGCCAGCUCACUGCGAGACGCUGCGAUACCUCAUGGGUCACCUCAAGAGAGUGACCGAGUACGAGAAGGAGAACCUCAUGUCCAGCGAGAACCUGGGUAUCGUCUUCGGCCCGACACUGAUGAGGGCCCCCGGGCUGGACGCCAUGACGGCGCUCAACGACAUCCGAUACCAGAGACUUGUGGUGGAAAUGCUCAUUACCAACGAGGACGUGUUGUUCUGAGAGGAGAGGAGGGGAGGGAAAAGGAUUCUUCCGAUCAGGAGAGGACGGACAGACAGAUUGGGAAGGACUUCUGUGGAAAGAUGGAAGAAAAAAGGUGACUUUUUACAAGAAAAUGAAAAAGAAACAUUCCCACAUACCUGGAACUUGUGGCUUGAUAGAGAGGACAACAAGGAGAGUUUUUUGUGUGGAGUGGAAGGAGGAAACAAUGAAGGAAGUGACUAUUUGCAAUGAAGGAAAUUAUCUAAAAAAAAAAAGGAGAAAAAGUAGAAGAAAGGAUUCAGUGUUUCUCUACAUCAUUUUAAAUUCAAUUUGUAAAUUAAGGACAAUUAUCCAGCCUUACUUGAUAGAAAUAAACAAAUAUUAUCUGUCUUGAUGAGCUGGGAGAAAAGAAAAAUAUUUUCUUUAUUGGAAGGAGAAAUUAAUGAAAAUCUACUUUGUCUUUGUUGGGGAAACACUGUGUGAUCCAUCUUUGUUUUGAUAUCUUUCCGAAAUGGAUGCCUUGACAGUUAUUACUGACUUAUUUUAGGUGUCACUAUUGUUUAAAAAAAUCAGCUACCUUUUAAGAACCUUGCAUUCGCAUUGUUAGCAUUCAGCACUGAAACCAAACGAGCCACGAGCUUAUAAACGAGUGGUCGCCGAUGGUUUCAGUGAUAAAUGCAGUAAUGCUCCUUAUAAAUCAUGUUUUCCUCAAACUGUUGUGGUAAGAGAUUAGUUUGUUUUUGCUUUGUUUUCCAUAGUGUCAAGUUAUCCAUUUAAUGCUCCUUAAGAGAAGAAGAAGAAGAAGAAGCACUGGCUUUAUAACAAUAGACAGCUGGAUGAAUGAAUGAAUAGAAAAAGGGAACAACUCGCCAUACUGCGUCCUCAUUCCUCUGAAUGCAACUAAAGUGACGUUGGACCUAUGUGUGUUUUCAUUCCUCUUUUAAAACUCCUUACUUAACAGCUCCCUUUUCUGUUCCAAUGAUUGAAAUAUAAUUAUACAGUCGUUUUUUAGUUGCUAACAUAGAAAAAAAAACAAUGCCGACUCACCCUUUUUUGUGUCAUAUUAUAAGCUGUUUGUUUGAGAGUUGUUGCUGUACAAUUACAUGACAACUUGUGGGACUGAACACUUUUUCUCACUCUCCCUGAACCAUUCCUGAGUUCUCUCACUUCUCCCCAUCUCACAUUUUGAAGGUGAAAUAUUACACUUACAUUUUGUGUCAUGCAGCCCGUUUAAAGGGAAGCUUUGGGAACACAUUUCUGCAGGAAGCAUAAAUCAAUUUUCCUCCUAAUCUACAGCGUUUUCCUUUUCUCCAUCUGGGCUUUCAAUUGGCACUACUUUAUUGGCAGAUGCUGAAGUGAGGAACACGUCAUAACUGACUUGAAACAAAAAUAUGUGUAAAGGUGCUUUAUGUUUUUUUUGUUGACUUUGCUAUGAUUUGUCUUUUUUUUUUAAAGCAGUAUUGUUUGAAAUACUCCUUCUUGACACUUUCCCGGAGGCAAUUCAAAAUGAAAGCAAAGAAGCUCAAUAAAAUGUUACUCUGUAUCUAUGUUUGACAAUGAUGCCAUAAUGUUUUGAAAGAUGAUACAACUGUGAAAUUGUGAGAAAUAAUACUGCUUACACAUAAGUAAAAGGCCAGUUUGGAUCAUUUUUGUUUAACACUUUAUUUUUUACAGACGGUGACUAAAUGAGAUUUUAGUUUUUUGUAAUGAAAUGUCCUACAGAUGUUUCUUCUAGACAUGUGAAGAUUGCAAAAGUUUGCUGUGAUGUUUUGAGCGUGCUCUGACGUGAUGGGAAAAAAGUAUUAAAUGUCGAAUGAUGUUGCUAAUCAACGGUGACAUGAAGGAGUGUAUUUGCCACAACUUUUAUUUUUUAACUAGUGCCAUUUGAAAAGGGGUGGAGGUGUUCUGCAUGUUACCCCCCACACCCACACACACCUCAGCUAACACACUAAACCCCCUUUUCAUUCAUUUCUACCCCCAUUUCUGUCGGGGGCCACUGAUCACCUGCUCCCAGUGCGCUUCAUUUGCAAAGCAGUGAUGACCCGCCAGACGCCAAGACCCAUUCCCAUGACUUUUGUGUUCUCUAUUUUGACUGUUUUGUUGACUUUAUGUUGUACUAACUACCAUCAGUUUAACCCGAUGAUAACAUGUGAGCCUUCAGUGAUCUGUGACACUUGUUUUUUUUUGGCAUCAUGAAAUGUCUUCUUAUUUUUUAACGGUCAUUGCUGUAAAGUAUUUUCUAUAUGGUUUCUGCAUGAUGAAAUUAAAUUA